AUGGUCUCAUUCCGAGAAAGUUUGUUCCGCUUAAAGACAACAACGAAUGUAAUGGAAACACAAUUGAAACGAUGUUUAUCAUUAACUGAUAUUACCCUUCUCGGUAUUGGACAUAUGAUCGGAGCCGGUAUAUAUGUUUUGACCGGCUCUGUGGUACGUAAUAUUGCAGGACCUUCUAUUGUGAUAUCGUUUGCAUUAGCUGGACUUGCAUCUCUUCUCUCCGCAUUAUGUUAUGCGGAAUUUGGCGGAAGAUUUCCAAAGGCUGGGAGUGCUUACACAUAUGUGUAUAUUGCUUUUGGUGAACUAUGGGCAUUUAUUGUUGGAUGGAAUAUCAUUCUCGAGCAUAUGCUUGGUGCUGCAGCGGUCGCUCGAUCAUGGUCCGGUUAUUCGUUAUCGCUAUUUGGCAACUCUCUCAAAAAUUCAACGAUCGUUACCAUUGGACAUUUUGAUGAAUCAUUUUUUGCUGAUUCGCCGGAUCUGUUAGCAUUUUUUGCAGUAAUAGCAGUUGCAGUAUUUACUGGUCUUGGAACAAGAACAUCAUCUAAUUUCAUUUCUUUUUUCACAGUAAUCAAUAUGCUGGUGAUAGUAUUUGUGGUUUGUUAUGGGUUUACAUUCGCAGACUUUACAUUAUGGUCUGUUCAUAAAGAUAGCACCACCGGUCGAUCAUCAUUCUUUCCGUACGGUAUUAGUGGUACAUUUUCUGGAGCUGGAAGUUGUUUCUUUGCUUAUAUUGGCUUUGAUGGUUUAGCAAAUGCUGGCGAAGAAGCUUCUGAUCCAGCUCGAACAAUACCAUUAGCAACGUUUAUUUCAAUGUUUGUCGUAACAGUUGCAUAUAUUCUUAUGGCUUCAGCAUUAACAUUAAUGAUUCCAUUUUGGGAAGUAAAUCCUACAGCGGCAUUUUCAGAUGCAUUUGCAAGUCGUGGAGCAACUUGGGCCAAAUAUAUUGUUUCAGUUGGAGCUAUGUCAGGCAUGACUACAAGUUUGAUUGGCUCUAUGUUUGCUCUUCCGCGAUGUGUUUAUGCAAUGGCUGAUGAUGGAUUGAUAUUCAAAACUUUUGGACAAGUUAAUGAUAAAACUCAGGUACCACUGAAAGCGGUAAUUGUUUUCGGUGCUAUUACUUCAGUAAUAGCAUUUCUAUUUGAUAUUGAAACUUUAGUGGAGUUUCUAUCGAUCGGUACACUUUUGGCUUAUACGAUUGUUUCCGCCUGUGUUAUUGUUCUUCGAUAUCGUCCAACUCUUAAUGAAAAUAAUAUUAUUGAAGGAAAUGGAGGUCGAAUAAAAAAAUCCUGGAUGCCACGACAUCGUUGGUUUAACAUUUUGGAACCAGGAAGACUUGUAUUAUGGUGUGUUUUUGCAAUGACAUUUGCUGAUGUUGGUAUAAGUAUUGUUUUCACUACAUCAUUUGCACACACUUUAUUUGGGUGGAUAUUUAUACUUGCUUUUGGUACGAUCGCUACAAGUGCAUUCAUUUUAAUCUGCGCGCAUCAUCAAAAUAAUGAGAAGAUUUCAUUCAGGGUACCAUUGGUCCCCCUCAUACCAGCGACAAGCGUAUUUAUCAACGUUUUUUUGAUGUUCCAUCUGGCUUCAGUAACCUGGAUCCGACUUGCCAUUUGGCUAGUUAUCGGACUUAUGAUUUAUGGUUUCUAUGGUAUUACACAUAGUCGGGAAAUGCAACCGGAUUCUGAUUUAAUCACGGAAAGCACCACAUAUGAAAGCAUGGCCACUAUCUCAAUAACGCAAGAUUAA